GUGAUGUUGGUGUGCGAGGAAAACAGGGUUGUAAUUUUAUUACACUUUCUGUAUUCAGUUAAUUUAUUUUAACCCUGAGAAAAACUAAUUAAUUAGAGCGGUGACUAUUUAACAAUAUCGAAUUUAGCUUGUGUUUUUGAAAAUGAGAUGAUGGAUUUAUCCGAACACAUUUUGAAUCGAAGGAGAGGAAAACCUGCAAGUGAUUUGUUUAAGUUGGACAUCAAGAAUAGAACUCCGGAAGAGAAUAUCAGGGACAUAAUACAAGGCCUUUACGUAAGAAAAUCAACACAAAAUGAUACAUCUCCCUCCUACAAAACUGUGCCUACGGAAUACAGGUCAGGAUUUAGAGGCAUGCACAGAAGUAGUACUGAUAGCAGAAAAUUGGCCUACCUGAAUGCAUUAGUAACAUUGUUAUGUAAAGAAGAGAGAAGCAACCUAGGGUUUACUCCUGAUGAGUUGAUGGCAUGCUUGCGUAUUAGUCUUGUGGAUGAGUCUAUGGUUAUUCGAGCUGCCGCUUUAAGAGUCAUACGUCACUUGUUGAAGACUGAUUAUGAUGUCACUAUUUUCAAUAAUAUGAAAUUACCCUACCUCGUUGUAAGAUCUAUGGAAGUUAUUAUUCGCAAUGAAGAAGAACGUGCCCAAGCUAUGCGUGUUGCUCGGCGGGCGUGCACAAUGAGAGCUGCAGCAGCACUUCUUCGAUGUCUAGCUGCACUUGCAGCAGACCCUACAGCUGAUCGACUAUCCCGUCCAGCUGUGGCCACAUUAGCAGAGAUAAGCGUUGUCAACCCGGAGCUGUGGGUGUGGUGUGGCGGCGCCAGUGCCGUGUCCCGCCAGCUGGCCGAAUGCGCGACCCCGCGACAAGCGGAGGCGUUGUGCGGUGCUCUCCUGCACGUGUUAGACCGACCGGGCCCGCGACGUGCCGCCCGCCUCACCACAGCCUGUCUGACGCAUCUAGCUGCACCGUACUGUGACUUCCACUUCCGUUCAGCGCCUACAGAUUCCACCAGGGAUGAGAGAGAGAUGCGGUUCACCUGCAGUAGAUUGGCGUUGCUAUGCGUUUUAAGGAGUUGGCCAGGGUUGUUACACUUUUGUCACCCAUCGAGUGCUGGGGGAUUACGAUCACUUGUUGCUGCUCUAUAUUUACCUCGUCUUGAAGUUCGGAAAGCAAUAUUGGAUUUGCUAUACGAAUUAGUAGGGCUACCACAACCUGAAUGGACAGAUGAGAUCUCAGUCGCGCUCGACGCUGUGGACCCUUCAGACUUUCAGGAUACGUGGCGGCUUAAUGAAGGAUUUGUUGCCGCGGAAGGCAUCGCAAUACUACCUCAUCUCGCAGCUACGGGACCCGAUAUUACGGAAAACCACUUAGCUCUAUUACUUCAAUGUUUCCUAGAGGUCGGUCUACUGGAUGGGUUAGCUGAAGUGAUCGUGACGAGCGACACUUUUAUAUCGGUGCGCGCUACGGUUCUACUCGGCCAGCUGCUGCAUUUAGUACACUUGUUCCUGCCUCCUCCGAUAUGUAACAUCACGCCCGCCUUACCCGUCCUAAUGUCUCAGGCGUCUAACGGAAAGCCUCAAGCCCUGGCAGCGGUGGCCGCCUUGCGGAAACUGCACGCGAUGCUCGAAGCGAGACCCGCCAGCAGCAGCCUGUUCCUCGACCACAUCAUUCAGUACUGCAGCGGGGCGUUCAAGGAAAAGAACGAAGACGCCGCCAAGAGUCGGAAAGAGAAGGACAACGCCAACAUAAGACCGAGACAGGAGAUCGGCAUUCACAAAAACGACAGCAUAGAACUGCUGAACGAAUCGGACAACGAGAACGAAACGAAACAAAGGCACAGCGUCGGCUCCCGAAAUGACGUCACCAACAGAAACAUCAGUGCGCUGGUUAAAAGUAAAAGCGUAACUUCGCGAACUAGUGCUGCCGUAAGCAAGGUCGCCAAGUCGGCCAAGUUUUUCAAUUUGUUCGAGCGAGACAGCGACAGUUUGAUCCGGUCCACCUUGGUCAUGCAGAACAAAGACGGAAAUACUUGGAAUUGGGAAAUCAUAAGAACUAUUUUAAAGGAAAAUGAUACUACACCGUUUUUCAAUUUAAACGACAGCGGACACAAGGCUUGGGCGACUCGUAUUGUAAACUAUCUGAAGCCGUCUUCAAAUAAAUAUUCACACAUGGAUCUGUCGAGCACGUGUUACGGUCACUCUGCCACACGUGCCGGCUGUCAGCUCAUCAGGCAUCUAUUGCGGCAUAACGAUGCCGAUUGUCAUAGACUUCUAGAAGAUUUAUUCUUAGACGUAAGCAAUCAAAUCAAAGCGAUCGAGACCGGAGUGAAAGCGCACGAGUGCCUGUUCAGUCCGCAGCACAUGUGCAACACAAUGUGUCAGAUGUACUUCUUGUUCAUCGGGCAGCUGUGCCAUUCUCACGCAGGAUUGAAGCUGUUUAAACAAACUGGGCUCUAUGAAAACCUUUUGGAACUGUCAACGAAAACUCAUCACAGUUGUUACGUAAAACUCAUCAUAUCAAGCUUGGACUACACCCUCGAUUCGUAUCCUCGCGAUAUACUUUCGAAAACGUUGACAUGUAGCAUUCAAGCGUCAAGACUGUACGCUACCCAGUUUCUGAACGUGCUCAUGAGAGCUUCUCGGAAGUCCAAAGAAUUGGUCCGACGAAAGACUAAGUUGAAGAAGAACACCGAAGAAUCGAAUUCAAUUCAGAAGGACGAAAUUGAAAAUAGCGGUGUCGAUAUGGAGACUUGGUUUCUGCAGAUGUUGGUGGGUCAGAUGAAAGACGAAUUCAAGGGUGUCGUCAAAGUGGCCCUGUCUAUAUUAGAGGAAGCGUUCAGUGUUCCUAUAUACGUCGAAAAAUUAAUGCCGAUGAGGGAAACGUUAUGCCAGAAUUGUCGUUUGAAUAAAAACGCGGAUCCCGCAACGUACGAUCUGUCUGCCGUGGGGGACCGGGGGUACCUGCUGUGGCUGACGUUAGAAGUGACGGCGGCCGCACAAGCCGCGGACGCAAAGUCGAUGGCCUUCCUCAAAAAACAUUUGGACUUUUGGACUAAAUCGUAUAAUUACCGGUACACGCGGGUGGUGGAAGCGGGCGCGCACGAGGCGCUGGCGGUGAGCGAGUGGGGCGGGGGGCGGGGCGCGCGGUCGCGGCGCUCGGCGCGGGUCCCGCCGCACGUGCACGCCGCGCUCGCGCCCCGCCCCCGCGCCCGCCAUCUGCUGCACGCCGCGCUCCUCACGCACUACAAGAUACUACAGCGUAAGAAAUGUAAUACCGAACAAGAGAUCGCUGAUCUUAAAGCUUCGUUAUGGGCGUUGGGCAACACCGCGACCGCGCCCUCUGGACUGCAACUGCUCAUGAGUUUGAGCAACGGUUAUCUAGAGGAUUCCGUACUGGUUCAUGUCGUGCGCCUCGUCAAGUAUUGUCCCGUAUACUCGAUACGGGCGACUGCGUUCUAUGUUCUCGGCCUUAUUGGAUGUACCUAUGACGGAGCGAACCUAUUAACCGAAUUAGGUUGGCUAUGCGUGAGACACACUAGACACGAUCAGUUUCCCGUGAUACCCGAUGAGAUAUAUUCGAUGUACGAAAACGGCUCGUAUUAUUCGGUAACAUCGCCCGAUUAUCGCGCGAACGCAUACGACACGGAAACUAGCGAGCAUUCGGAUCACACGGAUCAAAGCGCGACCGAAAGCCUUCAGUCAGACUAUAAACAUGCGACUAAAGUCGGUUCGAUAUCGGAACAGGCCAAUCGCGAUGUCGUCGACGGGAAACUGGCGAUCGUGGAUACGCGCAAGGAACAGGACAAAAGAAAAUCUCACACUCUCCCCUCGCAAGGUUGUUCUAGCUCGCACGAUCGUCCGAUGUUAUCGGAGUCUCGAACCGUUGAUAUAUUACGGGACUGUUCGAACUACGACCGUCCGGGGGUCAUUCGCGUGCCCGCGGCCGAGAAUAGGCUCCUGAUUGGCAGAAUGAAUUCCUUGGAGCACGCUCACGAAGGGCGAGUGAGGAACACUAGCGAGUCCAGUACCAGCGGCGUGAGCAGCUGUGAUUCGUUCUUAGGAAAAUACACUAUGCCUGAUAGAGUUUUAACUCUAAGUCCGAUACCGAGCUCGUCCAGUCUCUACGGUACGAAAGGAACUAUCGCUAAUCAGAGACCAAAAAUACCGGAGCUACAACGCCGAACCUCAACAUCCAGUUUUUCUGGACCCGAAGUGACUAAUUCACCUCCGACACAAAUGGAUAUGACCGGAUAUGCGACUUUGAAGUCCCUCAACAGACGACCACACUUAUCCGAAAGUGCCGCGUCGUGUUCAAGUGAAAUUGACGAUUUGAGUUGGCUGCUCUCCGACACGAACCUGCGAUCGAAGCCGUUUUCAUCUUUACGCGACAGAACGAAGUCAUCCAAGGAACGAAUGGCCAAACUUAGUGUGUUGGAGUACGACUGGCGACCUCUGGCGGUGUGCGAGACGGGCGUGGAGGGGGCGGAGUGGGCCCCGCGCCGCGCCGCGCCCCGCCCUCCCCCUCCGCCCCCGCACACCCCUCCCUACAUCGGCAUCUGUCUGCCGCGCGAUCUACUAGACAUCUUCCCUGAAAAUGACGAAAUCAAAGAAGACGACACAGACAAAAACGAUUCUAAUCGCGGACGUAUAUCAUCCUUCCUCGCUGACACGAGUGUUGCUAGCGUCGAAAAAUAUCGCACUACGCCGGAUUUAUCUAAAAAUUCUAAAGAUGGAAUCUCAGGUGCCUUAAAAACGUCACUAGCAAGCGGCGUGUCGAAUUCUACGAAGCUAACGAAACAAGACCCUGGAAUAGAAUCGACGAUAACCACGAAAGUCUCAAAUGUCGAACGCAAGAACAUCGUGAGUAGUGUAAAAAAUGUCGGAAUCAACACCGUAACCGAAGCGGUGCCCGAAGAAAACAUAAAUCAGCUGAGCGAUGAUGAAGACAGCUCUGCCGCUAACGCCAAUGUGCCGGAGACCGGAGACUCCAGUGACCGCACACUGACCGAAGAUAACGUCACCUCGACGAAGGAUGUACCGUUGAGCGAGAACGUUGCUAAGUUCAAAUGGCAACACUCGUCGAACAACUGUCUAGCGUGCGUACGUACGCGGCCGCCGUCCUCGUACGAACUACGUGAGGCAUUUUUCGCGGCAUUAGACAAAACCAGUACGAGUGGUGGGGAGCCUCAAAGUCCCAUCGCAAGCAUAACGGCAUCAGUUGAAAGAAGUUCUAACUCUCCCGAAACUGAGGUGCUGCGUCAAGUGCAUCUUAUGGCCAAUCCUAUACAUUUGAAACAGACCCGUUCGAUGUUGCUGUCGCUCAAGCAGAAGCACUCUGAAGUCUUCCGCAGCCCGUGCGUGUACUCGGACGUGUGUGCGCUGUUGUCCCGCGACACGUACAUGUUGUGCGCCCGGCGUUUCCUGCAGGAAAUGUUCCUAGACACGAGCUUCGAGUGCUUUUCCAGCGAACCGGCCGCCAUCUUGGCGCGUCAUGGCGCUCCGCCCUCGCCCGUCACCACACCGACGGAACCUAUUAAAUAGUAUUCUUAUCGUAAUUUUAGCCCUUAAGAGUUCAUUUACCGAAGGACAGUCUGAAAUACGAGCUACAUUUUCGUAACCGAUUAUGGCAACACUGAAAAAAUCCUCCCCGGUU